AUGUAUUGGUUAGUUAUAUCAUCAUCAGUAAGGCAAGAUGAAGGCGAUUAUUAUUGCAGGAUAUCGCAUCCUUAUGAAAAACAGUCCGAGUUCGCUCACGUGACUAUUCUACAAAAGCCUUCCAGUGAAUACCCUCAAUGUUUAAAAUCAAGAAAAAGUUAUAUUGCUGGCUCGGAUGUAAAACUAACAUGUAUUUCAGAGGUAGUUUUACCUCCAGUGGAAUUACGAUGGUCACGUAGGCCUACUUCACUAACGAUACCACCAAUGCAUGUAAGUAAAGAGAUACGUGACAAUAUUGCUUAUAAACAUCUUCAGUUCACUGCAAGAAAAGAGGACAAUGAACAAACGUUCGUCUGUGAACAGCAUACAAAAGUUAUGUCGGACACUUUAAAUUGUACAAUUAGUGACCUUAAUAUACAAUAUAAUCCUGAAGUUAAAAUACGACACACUAAUGCAAUAUAUGCGGGAUCAAAUUCUAUAUUGUUUUGUCAAUCAGUUGCUAAUCCUCCUGUAGCGACAUUUAGAUGGACAUUUCAACCAAUGCUAAAGCCAUACGAAUAUGAGACUGAAGGGCAAGUAUUGCGACUUCUUAAACUAGCAGUCACUAGAAAUGGAACACAUGUCACCUGCACAGCCACAAACCAUGUAGGUACCGGUGUUGAUUCGACAAGUCUGUACAUUUUAAAUGAUAAUAUUGUGAACGGUGACGUAAAAGGAUUUGAAAACAAUGGGAAACAAAUUAAAAAAGAUAAGCACUCACAAGACUCAAAUGGAAAUAAAAUUGAAAAUAUUAAAGAAGAAAAUAACCAGGCAGUAUCACUCUACGUCAUCAUCAUUAUAAUUGUAUUAGUUGUGAUCAUUGUUGUGGUUGUUGUCAUCAUUCCUGUUUAUUAUCAAUGCUUCUGUAAGACAAGAACUGCUACUGAUUCCUCUG